AACUCCGUGGGCCGAACGUCUAGACAAGCCUUCCCCACGUUGCUAUCACGUCCGAUCCCUCGGGUGCUCAUUCCAUAAAGAUGUAAGCCCCACCUGGAGCCGCAGUUAUACCUGCUUUCCACAACCAUCGAGAGUUACUUCAAACACCACAUCACUCGCGGAAAUCAGUUCCUGAUGUUUGAUCUCGGCUCACCCAUGCUGCGAUAUCACUCUUGACUACAAAGCACGGUCGCAACAUGUACGGUCGCGGCGGAGCAGGUAACAUUGCGCAGGCGGCCGCAACGAGCAAGAAAGCCGCAGAGGACAUCGAAGCCGCUAACCCGCCCUCCGCAACCCCCUCCGCACCAUCCCAGACCUCCUCCACCGCCUCGCAAGACUAUGCACACAUGGGCCGCGGCGGCGCAGGAAACUGGUUCCAGCCCAAGACGCUCCAAGAGGAAGGCACAUUCUCGCAACAAACACCCGGCGAGUCAACCGCACCCCCUACAAACGCCACUCCGAACGUGAGCAAGCCGUGGACGCCGGAGGGACAGGAGUUACCGGUUGCGAGACAGGGGAGGGGCGGCGCAGGGAAUAUGGUGUGGAAGAGUGAGGAGAUGUGGAGGAAGGAGAAGGAGGAUGAGCAGAGGAGGAGGGAGGAGAUAGGGAGGAAUGCAGAGGAGGCCGCGGAUGGGUUACAGAGUCCUGGGAAGGCGGUGUUUGGGACGCAGAAGGGUGGGAGAGGAUGGUGAGAGGGGCUGUAUGUGAGAGUU